GUAUAUCCGUCUCUUGAUUCACGUCGGCAACGUAACGGAGACGUUUUAUCACGGAAUGUGAAAACAUCCAUCUGAUACUCGAUAAAGGAUUGGGUCAUCUCUCCUGUUGCCGAGAAUCCCGUUUCCGUGAAGCGAAAGGUUGCAUGCUGCUCAUGCUUCAUAUUCACUCGAAAAUUCGUAGAAAGGAGAAUCGAGAAUUAUAUCUGCGACAAAAAUUACUCUUGCAUACGCAAUGCCAAUGAAUGAACCGGAUGCGGAAAUUUUCGAAAGAGAUCAAUCACAGUAUCAGGUUGUUAAUGGCGCACGUCAUGAAGAAAAUGACAGAACGUUAGUAAAGCAGGAAGUAAUCAACGAGAACGGCGAAUCUUGGAUAUCUCCGAGUUCAGCUGGUACUCGACGCACUAGCCCAUCGAGAACAAAGGAAUUACCGGAGUUAUCUCAAAUGACAUCGAGGACGGAAGCCGUUAGGCAAGAUGUCAGGAGGUUGAAAAGCGCUACGUUGGAUAGAAUGGGGAAGAUGUUUAAAGCGCAUACACCUGCUGUGGGAAGGUCUUUCUUAGGUUUGGAUACUAAUAUGACAAGCAUAGAUGACUAUAACGAAAAAGCAUCGAAGAAAGAAAAAACAAACUCUUUAGGAAGAAUGUUUAAGCUUGUUGACAAAGAUGGUUCACCUAGGAGACUUUUUGUCCAUCCCCAGGCAGGAUCGCUAAGUCGUAUACUACGUAGGCAUCCUCGUAAUGAGAACAAUGGAAUUAUCGAUAAACCUGCAGAGGACACCGGGCGUGGAAUUCUCUCUAGAAUGCUCAACCAACUGAGAGGUCGUCUCGUGAACGAAACUAGGCCUGAUGCACAUAAGCACACACACAACAAACUUAAUCCUUCAUUAGAAUUGUCAUCAGAAAUGCCAUUAAAUUCAAAGACUACUAACAUUAUGUAGGCAUUAUUAGUGUCUAGAGAAACCGCCCAGACAUCGUUUCUUGGGAGGCAUUUGUAUUAAUCUCUCUUAAUUUCAUUAUAAUAAAAUUUAUUUUUUAUUAUUUGAUACAUUGAAUUUAUGUAUGGAAUGGACACAAACAACUAUU